CUUUUAUCUGUUAACAGUUAAACAACAAUGUCGAAAACUAAAUACGAAAGCCCUUUAACUUCAAGAUAUGGAAACUCAAAAAUAGUCGGAUUAUUUUCACCGGCUAAAAAGUUUUCUACUUGGAGAGAACUUUGGUUAAACCUGGCUAUAGCAGAAAAAGAAUUAGGUAUAGCUGGUAUAACUGAUGAGUCUAUUGAAGAAAUGAAAGCUCAUUUGGAGUUGACUCCUGAAGAUUUCAAAGCAGCCGAAGAAGAGGAGGAAAAAAGACGUCAUGAUGUCAUGGCACAUGUUCAUGCUUUUGGUUUAGUAGCUCCAAAAGCCGCAGGAAUCAUUCACUUAGGAGCAACAAGUUGUUAUGUUACUGACAAUGGAGAUUUAAUCAUAUUAAAACAAGGUCUUAACUUAUUAUUGGAAAAAUUAGCAGUAGUUAUUAGUAGAUUUAGUAAUUUUGCUAAAAAAUAUAAAGAUUUACCUACAUUGGGAUUCACACAUUUUCAACCUGCCCAAUUAACUACUGUUGGAAAGAGAGCUACUUUAUGGAUACAGGAACUUUUAUGGGAUCUUCGCAAUUUAACUCGUACUCGUGAUGAUCUUGGACUCCGUGGUGUUAAAGGUACCACAGGUACACAAGCAUCAUUUUUGGCUUUAUUUGAAGGAGAUCAUGAUAAAGUAGAAGCUCUAGAUAAACGAGUUACAGAACUUUCUGGAUUUAGUGAAGCAUAUCCGGUUACAGGACAAACUUAUUCUCGUAAAAUUGAUGUUGAUAUCCUUAAUGCUAUCAGUUCUUUUGGAUCAACGGCUCAUAAGAUUGCUACUGAUCUAAGACUUUUAGCAAAUCUUAAAGAAGUUGAAGAACCUUUUGAAAAAGAUCAAAUUGGAAGUUCUGCAAUGGCUUAUAAAAGAAAUCCAAUGCGUUGUGAAAGAGUCUGUAGUUUAUCUAGACAUUUAAUGGUUCUUGCUCAAGAUGCAUUAAUGACAAAUAGUGUACAAUGGUUUGAAAGGACAUUGGAUGAUAGCGCCAAUCGUCGAAUAUCUCUUCCAGAAGCUUUCAUGACAGCAGAUAUAGUAUUAACUCUUUUACAAAAUAUUUCUGAGGGAUUCGUUGUAUAUCCAAAAGUUAUCGAACGUCACAUAGCACAAGAACUUCCUUUUAUGGCCACAGAAAAUAUUAUUAUGGCUAUGGUUAAAAAGGGAGGUGAUCGUCAACAAUGUCAUGAGGAAAUUCGCAUUCUGAGUCAUGAAGCUGCAAAACAAGUUAAACAAGAAGGCAAGGAAAAUGAUUUAAUUGAUAGAAUUAAGAAGACAGAAUAUUUCAAGCCAAUUUAUGAUGAAGUAAUUAAAUUAAUUAAUAUUUUCAUGAACUUUAAAUUCUUUUUAAAAUGAAUAUUUAUAAUUUUUUUUUUCCAGCUUGAUUCUCUCAUGAGACCUAC